CUCUUUCGCUGACGACUCGCAAGCUCGACUCCCUGGUGUGAUCACUCAGCAAGUCCCACCUCGCGAACGGUGACAAAUUCUGACUUGAUCUUCGCGACUGGUUCCGACAUUGCGUCCAGGACUUCGCGGACGGUGGGUGCCCUCGUGAAGCUAACAACCACCCUCACAUAGUGAAGCGCCUCUGAGGCCAACACUCGACACGAUGGAUCUCGCCAUCCAAGAAGCCCAGAGUGAAGCCGCUUUCGAGUCCAGAAAGCCCUCGCUGGCCGAAUUGGCCAGCAAAAGACUUCCAAUCACGGUGCCCUGGAGCUCAGAUCAUCUGCUCUUUCCUGGUCAAACCUUUCACUCGAGUCUGUACAAGACGGCGGAUCCUUGGUCCAAAGCUUCGCCUUUUGAAGAUUGGACUGCGACUGAGCUCACAAAUGACAGCGAUGUUGGUCAAAUGAUGUACCUCUGCGCUGAUGGCGGCACCACUGGCACUUUCAAAUCCGCAAAGACCCAGUCGACUGUGCUCAAAGAGGACCACGAGAGCUUUGGCUUUACCGCCACUGUCGAUCUUGGCUUUUGCACGGCUUCCGGUUCGCUUCAGUACGAUAGGAACAUCUCGACAAACGAUGAUAACAUCAAGACUUCUGUUCGAGCGAGCUACCGAUGCGGCUCCAUCAUCCUCCGCAGGCCCCCUGAGCUGAGCCAGGAAUCUUCUCUGGCCCUCAAGUACGGCGAAGGCUUGACAGAAUUUGAGGCCAAGUAUGGAGACUACUUCAUCUACGGCUACAAUCUAGGGGCCGAUAAUGCGAUGCUGGUGUCGACCAACGCAUCUUCCCUGAGCACUCAAGAGCGCAAGACCCUCACCGUCAAAGCGGAAUGUUUCCUCUUCGAUGUCGAGUUCACAGAACAUUUCGACUCUGCUUCAUACUCUGCUUCGGCCGCUCUCAACAUCACGGGAUAUGAUACCCUGUCGGGCUCCAUGCUCGACGAGCACACAAAAUGGCAAGCUUCCACCUCCGUCGAAUUUGACGCGGUUCAGCGAAGGAGUAGAACUUUGCGCCUUUUGGGCGACCAGCUUCCAAGUCGCGUGGAGGACGCCUGUGAGGAGCUAGGGCUGCGGUUAGGCCAAGGCAAAGCGAAUCGUGCAGAAUCGGCUAGGACCGGCCUCAUGCAGGACUUUGCCCCCGUCGCGGGACUCGAGAAGCCGGUGGACCGAGCAACGUGCAGACGACUGAUGGAGAGCAACGUGAUCGUUGAGGUAGUCUUGAUGCCAGUCAAAUCAUUGCGGAGUGUGCAGGAGUGGAUGUACUCAGACGACAUCAUUUGAUUUCAGAACGCGAGAAUUGAGCUCGAGUGUACAAAACGGAAUUCGUAUGCGAU